CGGAGCUAGGAGAGAGUGAGAAGUUUGGUCAGGAAGACGCUGGGGAUUAAGAAGUCCUGAAGCGGAUCGAGCGCGAGGCGCCAACAAAAGAGGCAAGAGGGUGCCACCCGGGGGCGGCGGCAGGAAGAGGAGCUGGAGGAAGAGCGCGGAGCUGAACGUCCCGAGGCUCCGUGCGUACUUUUUGGAGGGAAGGGGCGGGGGAAUCGGCCCCGGGAGGGGGACGCCGGGUGACGAGGGGUUUAGCCAAGUUCCGGCUGCGGCGUCCCUCCUCUGCUCCCACGAGAGGAAAGUUUUCUCCAGACGCUUCCGGCCGGCCGGCGCCCUCCGGACCAGCUCCCGAGCCUUCGGAGCGGGCGCCGUCCCAGCCCAGCUCCGGGGAAAGCCGCGCCGCGAUGCCUGGGGGGUGCUCCCGGGGCCCCGCCGCCGGAGACGGGCGGCUGCGGCUGGCGCGGCUGGCGCUGGUCCUUCUGGGCUGGGUCUCUUCGUCCUCUCUCACUUCCUCGGCGCCCUCCACCUCCUCCACGUCGUUCCUGGCCUCCGCGGUGUCCGCCCAGCCCCCGCUGCCGGGCCAAUGCCCCCAGCUUUGCGAGUGCUCCGAGGCGGCGCGCACGGUCAAGUGCGUUAACCGCAACCUGACCGAGGUGCCCGCGGACCUGCCCCCCUACGUGCGCAACCUCUUCCUCACUGGCAAUCAGCUGGCCGUGCUCCCCGCCGGCGCCUUCGCCCGCCGGCCGCCGCUGGCGGAGCUGGCCGCGCUCAACCUCAGCGGCAGCCGCCUGCAGGAGGUGCGCGCCGGCGCCUUCGAGCAUCUGCCCAGCCUGCGGCAGCUCGACCUCAGCCACAACCCGCUGGCCCACCUCAGCCCCUUCACCUUCUCGGGCAGCAACGCCAGCUUCUCGGCCCCCAGCCCCCUGGUGGAACUGAUGCUGAACCACAUCGUGCCCCCUGAGGACCACCGGCAGAACCGGAGCUUCGAGGGUAUGGUGGCGGCGUCCCUACGCGCCGGCCAUGCGCUUCGCGGGCUCCAGCGCCUCGAACUGGCCAGCAACCACUUCCUCUUCUUGCCUCGGGACGUGCUGGCCCACCUACCCGGCCUCAGGCACCUGGACCUGCGCAACAACUCGCUGGUGAGCCUAACUUACGUGUCCUUCCGCAACCUGACACACCUACAAAGCCUCCACCUGGAGGACAACGCCCUCAAGGUCCUUCACAACGGCACCCUGGCGGAGUUGCAGAGCCUGCCCCACGUCAGGGUCUUCCUGGACAACAAUCCCUGGGUCUGCGACUGUCACAUGGUGGACAUGGUGGCCUGGCUCAAGGAGACAGAGGUAGUGCAGGGCAAAGCCAGGCUCGCCUGUGCAUUUCCGGAAAAAAUGAGGAAUCGGGCCCUUUUGGAACUCAACAGCUCCCACCUGGAGUGUGACCCUAUCCUCCCUCCAUCCCUGCAGACUUCUUAUGUCUUUCUAGGUAUUGUUUUAGCCCUGAUAGGUGCCAUUUUCUUACUGGUUUUGUACUUGAACCGCAAGGGGAUAAAAAAGUGGAUGCAUAACAUCAGAGAUGCCUGCAGGGAUCACAUGGAAGGGUAUCACUACAGAUAUGAAAUCAACGCGGACCCCAGGUUAACAAACCUCAGUUCUAAUUCGGAUGUCUGAGAAACAUUCGAGGACAGCUAUGCAUGAGAUGUAGACUUAAGCUUUAUUCUGUCCUAAGCUUGCUCCACUUCCACUCUCCACUAUGGACACCACUGACCUUGACUGAAAGCAGUGAAGGGAAUUUGCUCCCUUGUUAUGUGAAGUUUCUUGGUGUGUCCUGUUAAUGUCAGACGAUGAAAAGCUGUGCGUAGUGUUUUAUCCUCUUCCUUUUCUUGGAACUCAACUCGUGUGGACGGAUUUUUCAAGUUUCAGCAUGAACGUGGACUCCCGGCUGUCUGUUUCUCUUAGUACAGUUCGAGGGGUAGCCAGUGUACCCGUAAUACGGAUAGCAUUCAACAAGAGCUGCCUCAACUUUUUUGAGAAAAAUACUUUAUUCAUAAAUAUCAGUUUUAUUCUCAUGUACAUAAAUUGUGGAGAAAAUAAAUGCAUUCCAUAGACUGCCUGCAGAUCUUAGCAAGCUCUUCAAAGUUAACUCCAUAGUACACAGGAGCACCUACCUGCAUCCGAGAGCAUGCUUACAUUUUACUGUUCUACUUAUUACAGAGAAUAACUUGCAACUUCAGAUAACUUCUUUGACAAAGUAAAUUACUUUUUUGGUUGCAGUUUAUAUGAAACUGAAGUUUUUUAAUAAACUGCAUUGAGAUCCAACAGACUAAAUUGUUAAGAAAAACUUCAAUAAAGAUUCUUAAAAGAA